AUGCAAUUGAAGAGCCUCUUCACAGUCUUAGCUGCUGGUGCCGUAGCCCACGCUGCCACCUCCACUUCUAAAGAUCCAUGUUCGUUAUCAACCACCAUUACGGCCGUGGGUGAACUUGAAACCUUGAAUGCCUGUUCUACCUUGGACGGUUCCAUCACCAUCACUGGUCAAGAAAUCAUCAACGCCGACUUGAGUGGUGUCAGAGAAAUCAAGGGUGACCUCAAGUUCUUCAACUCCACUUCCAUCGUCUCUCUUAACUUGAACCAGUUACAGAACAUCACCGAAGGUGGUUCUCUUUCUGUUGUGUCAUUGACCACUCUUGCUUCCAUUGACUUCACUUCAUUGACCAAUGUCGACCAAGUUCUCUUGACUUCGUUGCCAUCUCUCGGAAACCUUGUAAUGGGUUUUGGUGUCGUUCACGCUGGCCACAUUGAAAUUUCCGACACCGCCAUUAACUCGUUGAGUCGUUUCGUCAGUUUCCUUAACACCGUGCGUCACUUGGAAUUGAACUCGAACAAGAACAUCACUUCCAUCGACUUAACCAACUUGAACACUGUCACUGAAAACUUGAUCUUGCGUUUCAACGGUGACGACUGUGAUGUCAAGUUGGACACUUUGGCUUGGGCUUCCAAUAUUACCAUUCAAGAUGUCGGUGACAUCGAAAUUUCUAACAUCACCGCUAUCAACGGUUCUCUUGUUCUUGCCUACAACACCUUUGACUCGUUCAACCUUGACUCGUUGAAGACCAUCGGCGGUUCCAUCGAAAUCUUCGCCAACGACGAAUUGACUGAAUUCUCGUUCCACGACUUGGAAACCAUUGGUGGUGAACUUAGUCUUAGCAACAACACCAACUUGGAAAACGUCACUGAUUCAUUCCCCAACUUGAACAGAAUCAAGGGUGCUGUAAACAUUGACGGUGGUUUCGCAAACUUCUCUACUCCAAAGUUGGCAAGGGUUAACGGUGACUUCAGCUUCAACUCUACUAACGAAGACUUCAGCUGUGACUUCUUCAAUAAAUUGCGUGACAACAAGGACAUUGAAGGUCACAACUACGAAUGUACUGCUCCAAAGAAGUCAUCGUCCUCUACCGCUAAGUCCAAGUCCACCAGUACUUCGGAAAGUUCUUCCGACUCAACCAGCGAUGAUUCUGGCUCUUCUUCUACCACGUCCAAGAAGUCUGACGGUUAUAUCUUGGUUCCAGCUUCGAUGGCCUUGACCACCAUCAUCGGCUCGUUCUUAGCCUUCAUUCUUUAGAUACUUUCGCAUGUUACAUAACUACAAAACAAUAAUGUAUAACUACAAGGG